AUGGCUGAGCUGGUCGUCACACGCGACAACGUCGCCGACAUCCUGAAGAACGACAGCAAGGUCAAACUCGCUGGGGUCGACGCAGACGGCAUUCUGCGUGGGAAACUGGUGUCGAAGAAAAAGUUUCUAUCCAUUGCCACCGAUGGCUUCGGUUUUUGCUCUGUGAUUUUCGGCUGGGAUAUGCACGACCGCACAUACUUCAAGGAGCUUGCGAUUAGCAACAAGGAGAAUGGAUACCGUGAUCUACUAGCGAUUCCUGACCUCAGCAGCUUUAGGCGCAUUCCGUGGGAGGACGAUGUGCCCUUUUUCCUUGUAAGCUUUUUCGACCCAGAGACGCGCGAGCCAAUAUGUGCGUGUCCACGUGGCCUGCUCCAGACAGCGGUCGAUAAGCUGGCAAAGGAGGGCUACAAGGCAAUGGCGGGUGCCGAGUAUGAGUUCUAUCAGUUCCGAGCCCCGCAGAACGACUCCAGCGGCGAGCGAAAUUCAUCAGCGACAGCGUCCUUUUUGAAGAACAAUCCCGUCGAAUCGCUUCCCUCGUUAACGGAAGGAAUGUUUGGAUAUAGCAUUACGCGGCCGGUACAUAACCAGGAGUAUUACUACGGCAUUUUCGACGCCUGCGAAAAGUUUCAGUGUGAUAUUGAAGGAUGGCAUACAGAGAGCGGACCGGGGGUAUUUGAGGCUGCUUUACAGUUCGGCGAAAUCAAAGACAUGGCGGAUCGCGCUGGCUUAUUCAAGUAUGUCGUCAAGUCGCUUGGGAGCAAGUUCGGCAUCACGCCAGCCUUCAUGGCCAAGCCUCGUGAAGGGUUGCCAGGUAACAGCGGCCAUAUGCAUGUGUCUAUUGUUUCAAAGGAUGGCAAGAACCUGUUUGUCCGAGACACGCCAGACGCCUCCCCACCGUAUCCCGAGAUUGCGCAUUUGUCUGACAUGGGAAGACACUUCCUGGCUGGCCUGCUUGAAGGGCUACCAGAUAUCAUGCCUCUGUUGGCGCCUACUGUGAACUCCUACAAACGACUGGUUGAGAACUUUUGGGCCCCGGUCACGGUAUCUUGGGGUCUAGAACACCGAGCUGCAUCUAUCAGACUAAUCUCUCCACCAACUGCCAGUGCGAAAGCGACCCGUUUCGAAGUGCGCGUUCCGGGGGCAGACGCCAACCCACACUAUGUGCUCGCGGCAAUUCUCGCGAUCGGAUGGCGAGGUGUUGCGAAGAAGCUCGAAAUUUCUGUCCCUCCAUUAGGUAAGGGAGAGGACACCGGCGGCGCCAACGACAAGGGGGCGCGACUCGCAAAAACACUCAAAGAAGCCAACGAGAUCUUCCGUCGGCCAGGCAGUAUUGCGCGGGAAGUGUUUGGCGAUGAGUUUGUCGACCAUUAUAGCGGAACGAGAGAGCAUGAAGUUAUUCUGUGGCAGGAGGCUGUUACUGACUGGGAGGUGAGGCGGUAUAUUGAAACUGUAUGA